AUGUUUUGGAUAUUAUUUAUUUUAUCAUUAUUUUGUGUUUGUAAUUCUAUUCUUAUUACUAAAAUACAAAAUAUUAUAAUAGUUGGUAAUAUGUAUAAUAAUUUACUCAAUGUGACAGAAGAUCAAUGCAUAUGUGAAAUGAUCAAAGUAAAUGAUUCAAUAUCUGCUUUGAAUUAUUUUUCAACAAAUCAAACUUGUCAAUUAUAUCGUUCAAAUACUAGUACAAUUUAUGUUGAAUUUUAUCUAAAUUCUACUAUUAUAUUUCUUAAUCAAUCAUCAAUAUCAAUAUUAAAUAUUCUAGAAUAUCAGCCGAGUACAAUAUCAUCAUCAACACCAACAGCAAUAUCAUCAACAACAUCAUCAUCAACAUCAACUUCAACAACAAGUGUCUGCAAUAAUACGUUUCAUGAUCAAGCUACUUACUCAGUUGGUAGUGGUCCACGCUCAGUAGCAGUCGUCGAUGUGAAUAACGAUAAUAAGCCUGAUAUUAUUGUAGGAAACUCUGGUUCGAACACCGUCGGUGUUCUUCUCAACGCAGGCAAUGGCGCUUUUAAUACUCAAACUAAUUACUCAGAUGGCUCUUCUCCAUGGUCAGUAGCAGUUGUCGAUGUGAAUAGCGACACAAAACCUGAUAUUAUUGUAGCAAACUUUGGUUCGAACACCGUCGGUGUUCUUCUCAAUGCAGGCAUGGCACUUUUAAUGCUCAAACUACCAAACACUGGUUCGAACACCGUCAGCGUUCUUCUUAACGCAGGAAGUGGUACCUUUAAUGCUCAAACUAAUUACUCAGUUGGCACUAAUCCAUGGUCAGUAGCAGUCGCCGAUGUGAAUAGCGACAACAAAUCUGAUAUUAUUGUUGCAAACUAUGGUUCGAACACCGUUGGUGUUCUUCUCAACACGGGUAGUGGCACUUUUAAUGGUCAAAUUAUGUAUCCAGUCGGCAGUUCUCCAGUAUCAGUAGCAGUCGUCGACGUGAAUAAUGACACAAAACCUGAUAUUAUUGUAGCAAAUACUGGUUCGAACACCGUCGGUGUUCUUCUCAAUGCAGGCAUGGGCACUUUUAAUACUCAAACUAAUUACACAGUUGGCACUAAUCCUCAAGUAGUAGCAGUCGUCGAUGUGAAUAGCGAUAAUAAACCUGAUAUUAUUGUUGCUAACUAUGGUCCGAACAGUGUCAGUGUUCUCUUGCAUUGUUAA